AUGCUCUGUGCACGGCUGAGACAUGUUCUUCCCGAUUUGAUUGCGGAGAACCAGGGGGGAUUUGUACAUGACAGGCAUAUUGCACACAACAUUAUAAUUUGCCAAGAUCUAGUUCGUCAUUAUGGAAGGAAACGAUGCAAACCGAGUUGUAUAAUUAAGGUGGAUUUGCGAAAAGCAUAUGACACAAUAGAAUGGGAUUUCAUAGAGGAGAUGCUUAUUGCUUUUAAAUUUCCACUGAAGAUUAUUCAACUCAUCAUGAUUUGUGUUAGAUCACCAAGAUUCUCCUUGCUGCUGAAUGGCUCUAUGCAUGGUUUCUUUGCAACUAAAAGGGGUCUACGACAAGGGGAUCCAAUGUCUCCACUACAUUUUGUGUUGGGUAUGGAAUACUUGUCUAGCAUUAUGGUGAAAAUAGGCUCUCUCUGA